UUUUCCGUACAAACGAAAAUCCCAUCUUCCGUUUCCUCCUCUGUCUCCUCUCCAACAGCCACCAACAUCUCUUCUGCAACUCCAAAUUCCCUCCAAUUCAACCAAACUACAAAAAGAAAAAAUAAAAAGACGAAGAAGAAUCUGUGCUGGUUGGAUUUUGCUAGAUUUGAAUUGGGUCUACUUCAUUUCCUCAAUAAACGAAGUUUGACGAAGAACACGAAUUAACAGCCAGUGGUUCAUAUCCUCCAAGAAUGGCAUUUCUUUGAUAUGAGAAUACAUAAUACAUUACAUCUGGAUUGUACUAGAAUUCGAUAUAGAGGUCUAGAUUUCAACCUUGAGCUCUAGAUUUUAGGUGAAUUUGGUUAUUUCCUGAAGAAACUACGUGAAAUCGAUACAUUUCAGUUGGUUUUUUUCUUAAUCUGUGUCUAGUUCAUUUCCCAAGGAAAUGGUGAAUGUGGGUUUGGUUUCUGGGAAGAAGUCCCUCAAAACGGUGAACUUGAGCUUCAGGUUGCCUUACUUUACACAGUGGGGGCAGAGCAUCCUCAUUUCAGGUUCAGAACCGUUGCUCGGUUCGUGGAAUGUAAAGCAGGGUCUGCCUUUGAGUCCGUUUCAUCAAGGUGGGGAGCUUAUAUGGUGUGGAAGGAUUGCCGUUCCAAUCAGCUUUGGAUGCGAAUACAGUUAUUAUUUGGUAGAUAACAAUAGAAAUGUUUUGAGAUGGGAAGCUGGGAAGAAGCGCAGGGUCGUCCUGCCCGAAGGGAUUCAAGAAGGAGAGGUGGUGGAGCUUCAUGAUCUUUGGCAGACUGCUUCAGAGGCUCUCUUUUCCAGAAGCGCAUUCAAGAAUGUCAUCUUUAACUGUGGAAGGGAUUUGAAUCCAGAAAAGGCACCUGGAGCGUUCUCAAACAACUUGGUCCAACAAGAUUCUCUUGUUGUUCAAUUCAAAAUUAGCUGCCCAAGGAUUGAUGAAAAAACAUCAGUUUGUGUGGUCGGUUGCUCUAUUCAUUUAGGGAAAUGGAAUGCUCAAGAUGGGCUUAAACUUAGCUACGUGGGUGAAUACCUUUGGCAAGCAGAUUGUGUUGUGCAAAAGGCAGAGUUGCCAAUAAAAUAUAAGUACUGUCAGAUUGACAAGGCAGGAGAUGUUUCUUUGGAAGUUGGUCCCAAUCGGGAGCUUGCUGUCGACUCAACACCAGAAAGUCCAGGAUACAUUGCCCUAUCUGAUGGCAUGUUUCGGGAAACACCGUGGAAGGGUGCUGGUGUAGCUGUUCCCAUGUUCUCAAUUAGGUCAAACGAUGAUCUUGGCGUUGGAGAAUUCCUUGACCUGAAGUUACUUGUUGACUGGGCUGUGGAUUCAGGCUUUCAUUUGGUUCAGCUUUUACCUGUAAAUGAUACAUCUGUGCAUGGGAUGUGGUGGGAUUCAUAUCCCUAUAGCUCGCUCUCUGUAUUUGCACUGCAUCCCUUGUAUUUGAGAGUACAGGCACUUUCAGAAAAUAUGCCUGAGGAUAUUAAGCAAGAAAUCUUGAAGGAAAAAGAACGGCUGGAUGGAAAGGAUGUCGACUAUGAGGCUACAAUGGCUGCAAAGCUUUCGAUUGCCAAGAAAAUUUUUGAUAUAGAGAAGGAUGCAAUACUCGCCUCCACUUCCUUCCAGAAAUUCUUUUCCGAGAAUGAGGAAUGGUUAAAACCCUAUGCAGCCUUUUGUUUCUUGCGGGAUUUCUUUGAAACGUCUGAUCAUACCCAAUGGGGUCGUUUUGGUCAUUAUUCAAAAGAAAAGCUCGAGAAGCUUGUUUCAAAGGAUAGUUUGCACUAUGAUGUCAUUCGCUUCCAUUACUAUAUACAGUUCCAUUUAUAUCAGCAAUUGUCAGAAGCCGCAGCUUAUGCAAGAAGGAAAAAAGUAGUCUUGAAGGGAGACCUUCCGAUUGGCGUGGACAGGAAUAGCGUCGACACCUGGGUGUAUCCGAAUUUAUUCCGUAUGAACACAUCUACUGGAGCACCUCCUGAUUACUUUGAUAAAAACGGGCAGAAUUGGGGUUUCCCCACUUAUAAUUGGGAGGAAAUGUCAAAAGAUAACUAUGCUUGGUGGCGUGCUCGUUUGACGCAGAUGUCGAAAUAUUUCACGGCGUACAGAAUCGAUCAUAUCUUGGGCUUCUUUAGAAUCUGGGAGCUUCCUGAACAUGCUAUUACUGGUUUACUUGGAAAAUUCCGACCAUCAAUCCCUCUAAGUCAGGAAGAGCUUGAGAGGGAGGGGAUAUGGGAUUUUGAUCGUUUGAGCCGUCCAUAUAUUCAACAAGAAUUUUUGCAGGAAAAGUUUGGAGCUUUCUGGACAGUCAUUGCUUCAAACUUUUUAAAUGAAUAUCAAAAGAACUUCUAUGAGUUCAAGGAGGAAUGCAAUACGGAGAAGAAAAUUCUUUCCAAACUUAAAUUAAGUGCUGAAAGGUCAUUGUGGCUCGAAAAAGAAGACAAGAUACGUAGUGACCUCUUCGAUCUUCUAAAGAAUAUUGUUCUCAUCCGAGAUCCAGAGGACCCAAGGAAAUUUUAUCCUCGCUUUAAUCUCGAAGAUACAUCGAGUUUUAAGGACUUGGAUGAUCACAGUAAAAAUGUUCUGAAAAGACUGUACUAUGAUUACUAUUUCUAUCGGCAAGAAGAUCUUUGGCGCCAAAAUGCACUGAAGACUCUGCCCAUCCUCUUGAACUCAUCAGAUAUGUUGGCAUGCGGAGAAGAUCUGGGGCUUAUUCCUUCUUGUGUUCAUCCUGUUAUGCAAGAGUUGGGAUUAAUAGGUCUACGCAUUCAACGAAUGCCGAGUGAACCUGGUUUGGAGUUUGGUAUCCCAUCUCAAUACAACUACAUGACGGUGUGUGCUCCGUCAUGCCACGAUUGCUCAACUCUGCGUGCUUGGUGGGAAGAAAAUGAGGAGAGAAGGCAUAGUUUUUAUAGGACCAUAGUCGGAUCAAAUGACGAACCACCUGCUCGUUGUGUUCCUGAUGUUGUGUACUUCAUCCUACAACAACAUUUCGAUGCUCCUUCGAUGUGGGCAAUUUUCCCUCUCCAGGACUUGAUAGCGUUGAAAGAAGAAUAUACAACACGGCCUGCAGUGGAAGAGACAAUCAAUGAUCCUACCAAUCCAAAGCACUACUGGCGAUUUCGUGUACAUGUAACACUAGAGUCUUUGGCAGAGGACACGGACCUCAAGGGGGCAAUAAAAGAUCUCGUGGUCGCUAGUGGGAGAUCGUAUCCUCCAGCAGAAGGAGAUGAGAACACAGCUGCAAUUUCAAUCCCAGCCACAAAACAGCUUGAAAUUGGGGAAGGGAAAAUCCUUCAAGUCACCCACCUGAAUGGGACCCCAAAAAUGCAAAGCCAAGCAGUCCUGUAAGUCACCCUUGCAUUUUUCUUGGAUUUUCAAAUCCCAAGUCGUUAGGAAAAAAAAAAAAAAGGAACACAGAGAGAGAGAGAGAGAGAGAGAGAGAGAGAGAGAGAGAGAGAGAGAGAAUAAAAAUCUCUUCAGGGUCUGCUGCGAAUCUCAUACAUGAUAGAACACUGUUAACAUAACUCAUGUGGCGCACUACAUUUAUGUUACAUCUCCUUUUCUUGGUAAAAUUAAAUGAGAGGUCACACAGAUACUAGAUUCUAUCACGUAUGGGCCCCACACUCAUGCGAUCGUGGUUAUGAAUUUUAGCUUUUUCGUGGUUA